AGUAUAAAGCAGCGGAACGCUUCCUUUCUCCUCUAGUCCUCUUUUAUCUACCUCUGGGCUUCGUUGUCUUCGUUUGCAAGAAAAGGAAAUGGCGGAUUCGUCGUCAUCUUCAGCUGCGUCAACAGCAGUGGCAAGUUCCGAUUCAGAGAGAGAAGAACUGUUGGAUCGAAUGCUGACUCGUUUGGCUCUCUGUGACGACUCUAAACUCCAACCCUUGCUCUCCAAGCUUCUCCCUCUUACCAUUUCCUCCCUCUCCUCUCAAUCCCCUGCCGUCCGCAACAAGGUGCUUGAGAUCUUGAGUCAUGUGAACAAGAGGGUGAAACAUCAGCUUGAGAUUGGUUUGCCACUGUUAGAGUUAUGGAAAUUAUAUUCAGAAGCCAAUGCUGCUCCAAUGGUUAGGAAUUUUUGCAUUGUGUAUAUUGAAAUGGCAUUUGAACGUGUACACGGAAAGGAAAAGGAAGAUUUGGUUCCUCUGCUUGUGGUGAACAUUUCAAAGCUUCCUCAUCAGCACCAAGAGAUUAUCCUGAGAAUUGCUACCAAGGUGAUUGGUGAAUGUCACUCAAAUCACAUUGACAAUGAAGUUGCUGCAAAGUAUAGAUUGAUAAACGAUUCUCAGGAUAGGGAGAUGUUCAUUGAAUUUUGCUUUCAUACAAUUUUGUAUCAAUCACCAUCUACAAGCGGAGGAUGCCCACCUGGACUUUCGAUUGCUCAAGCCAAUCGUGUUGCUGGGAAACAUGAACUGAAAAACGAUAUUCUCUUAACGAGGAAGUUGGGGAUCUUGAAUGUUGUUGAAGCUAUGGAGUUGGCCCCUGAGCUUGCUUAUCCUCUAUACAUGGCCGCUUGUGCAGAUUGGCAGGAGCCCGUUGUUAAGAGAGGGGAAGAGCUUUUAAAGAAGAAGGGUUCUGGUGCUAAUUUAGAUGAUCCAAACCUGAUAAAUAGACUGUUUUUACUAUUUAAUGGUACUGCUGGAGUGAAAGAUGUUGCUCCAGAAUUAAGAGUCAAUCCUGGGAAUCCUGCUCUUAAAGCAAGACUGAUGUCUAUUUUCUGCCGUUCUAUAACAGCUGCAAACAGUUUCCCAUCUACUUUGCAGUGUAUAUUUGGCUGCAUAUAUGGAAGUGGUACCACAUCAAGGUUGAAGCAAUUGGGGAUGGAAUUCACUGUGUGGGUAUUUAAACAUGCAAAAAUUGAGCAGCUCAAGCUUAUCAGCCCUGUUAUACUCACUGGAAUUCUGAAGUCGCUUGACAGUUAUUCAAUUUCAGAAUCAGAUGCUACUGCUAGGGACACUAAAACUUUUGCUUUUCAAGCAAUUGGAUUGCUUUCACAGCGCAUGCCUCACCUUUUCAGUGAUAAGAUUGACAUGGCCGUUCGUCUUUUUGAGGCAUUGAAAGUGGAGCCUCAGUCUCUUCGUUUCAUUAUUCAAGAAGCAACCAAUUCCCUUGCUACGGCAUACAAGGGAGCCCCCACAACAGUGUUAAAGGAUUUGGAGACACUUUUGCUGAAAUAUUCUCAAGAGGAACAAAGUGAAGUACGAUACUGUGCUCUGAGAUGGGCUACAUCUUUAUAUGAUUUGCAACAUUGCCCAAGUAGGUUUAUUUGUAUGCUUGGGGCAGCAGAUUUUAAGUUGGAUAUAAGGGAAAUGGCACUAGAGGGCCUUUUUCCAGCUAAAGAUGAUGGGCGAACAGAAAGUCAAAAUCUUGUCCUUCAAUAUCCAAAGCUUGGUGACAUGCUGGCUUAUAUUGUUAAACAGCAGCCUAUGUUGUUGAAUUCAGAGGAAAACAGGCAACAAAAGCUUCUUUUUACAUCAAAAACAUAUGUGGUUAUGAUUCAAUUUUUGUCGAAGUGCUUUGAGUCGGAGUUGGAGAUGAACAACUAUUUAGAAGGAUCAUCUGAAUUUCGGUCUUCAGUUGAGGCAAUGUGUUCGCUACUAGAGCAUGCUAUGUCUUUUGAAGGUUCUGUUGAGUUGCAUGCCAAUGCUUCCAAGGCAUUGGUAGCAGUUGCAUCUCGCGUUCCUGAGGUGAUAGAAUCACACUAUGCUCUAAAAUCAUCCUGGCUAAAGCAAUUACUUGGUCAUGUCGACUUGGAUACUCGUGAAUCUGCUGCACGCUUACUUGGAAUAGCUUCCUCUGCUCUUCCUAUAUCUGCAUCAACUGAUCUUAUUUCUGAGCUGAUUACUUUGAUCACUGGAACACAAAAGUUAAGGUUUGAGACUCAGCAUGGAGCAUUAUGCGCAAUAGGAUACAUCACUGCAGCUUGUACGUCUAGAGUGCCUACUAUUCCAGAGUCAUUGUUUCAGAAUACACUUAAGUGCCUGGUUGAUGUUGUUAUUUCUGAGACCGCACCACUGGCCUCAGUUGCAAUGCAGGCACUAGGCCAUAUUGGGCUUAGUGUUUCAUUGCCCCCAGUUAUUAUUGAUUCUAAUUCAGUUGAUGUUCUGAUGGUUUUACAAGAAAAGUUGAGGAAGCUACUCUCUGGUGAUGAUAUCAAAGCAAUCCCAAAGAUUGUUAUAUCCAUAGGACAUAUCUGUGUAAAGGAAACAUCAUCUUCACUUCUAAAUAUUGCCCUCAACUUGAUUUUCAGUCUCAGCCGAUCUAAGGUUGAAGAUAUCCUCUUUGCUUCUGGGGAGGCUCUAUCGUUUAUAUGGGGUGGUGUACCUGUGACUGCUGAUGUGAUUCUCAAAACGAACUAUACUUCUCUUUCCAUGGCUUCGAAGUUCCUUACUGGAGAUAUGAGCGCAUCUCUCUCAAAAUAUAGUUCUACUGGGAAAAUUGAGCUGAAUGAAGAUUAUAGCAUCAUGGUUAGAGAUGCAAUUACUCGAAAGCUUUUUGAUGAUCUUUUAUACAGUACCAGAAAAGAAGAGCGCUGUGCCGGAACUGUCUGGCUACUAUCACUAACAAUAUAUUGUGGCCAUCAACAGGCCAUACAGUUAAUGCUUCCUGAAAUUCAGGAGGCUUUCUCACAACUACUUGGGGAACAAAAUGAACUCACACAAGAGUUGGCCUCACAUGGCAUGAGUAUAGUGUAUGAACUUGGUGAUGCAGCAAUGAAGAAAAAUUUGGUGAAUGCACUUGUAAGCAAUCUGACUGGUUCAGGGAAGAGGAAAAGAGCCAUCAAGCUUGUUGAAGAUUCUGAAGUGUUUCAAGAUGGUGCUAUUGGUGAAAGUCUUAGUGGAGGGAAGCUGAGCACAUAUAAGGAGCUUUGCAGCUUAGCAAAUGAGAUGGGGCAGCCAGACUUAAUUUAUAAGUUUAUGGAUCUUGCUAAUUAUCAAGUUUCUUUAAAUUCUAAGAGGGGUGCUGCUUUUGGGUUUUCUAAGAUAGCAAAGCAAGCUGGGGAUGCUAUUAAGCCACACUUACGUUUGUUGAUUCCUAGGCUUGUUCGUUACCAAUAUGAUCCUGACAAAAAUGUGCAGGAUGCAAUGGCCCUCAUCUGGAAGUCACUGGUGACAGACUCAAAGAAAACAAUUGAUGAAAACUUCGAUCUCAUUAUUGAUGAUUUGUUGGUACAAUGUGGGUCAAGGCUUUGGCGAUCUCGUGAGGCAUCCUGUAUUGCCCUUGCAGAUAUCAUCCAAGGACGAAAAUUUGAUCAGAUCAGAAAGCAUUUAAAAAAAUUAUGGUCAGCAGCAUUUCGAGCCAUGGAUGACAUAAAAGAGACAGUUCGCACUUCUGGAGACAAAUUAUGUCGUGCAGUAUCUUCAUUGACAAUGAGACUUUGUGAUGCAUCAUUAACUGACAUCUCAGAUGCAAGCCAAGCAAUGGAUAUUGUGCUACCUUUUUUGCUUGCUGAAGGCAUAUUAAGUAAAGUUGACAGCAUCCAGAAGGCAUCUAUUGGAGUUGUUAUGAAACUUGCAAAGGGUGCGGGGAUUGCCCUCCGUCCUCAUUUAUCCGAUUUGGUUUGUUGCAUGCUAGAAAGUUUAUCGAGCCUCGAGGACCAAGGGCUCAAUUAUGUUGAGUUGCAUGCUGCUAAAGUUGGAAUCCAAACAGAGAAGCUGGAAGAUUUGAGAAUUUCGAUUGCAAAAGGCUCUCCCAUGUGGGAAACGCUUGACCUAUGCAUAAAAGUUGUAGAUACUGAGUCGUUAGAUACACUGAUUCCUCGUCUCGCUCAAUUGGUCCGCUCUGGAGUAGGCCUUAAUACCAGGGUUGGUAUUGCUAGCUUUAUUGUCUUACUCGUUCAAAAUGUUGGUGCCGAUAUCAGACCGUAUACAAGCAUGCUAUUGAGGCUGUUGUUUCCGGUUGUUAAGGAAGAGAAAAGUGUUGCAGUGAAGCGUGCCUUUGCCAGUGCUUGUGCCAUUGUUCUUAAGCAUGCAUCACUCCUUCAGGCCCAAAAGUUGAUUGAAGAAACUGCAGCUUUGCAUACUGGUGACAGAAAUGAUCAAAUUUCAUGUGCAAUUCUAUUAAAAAGCUAUUCAUCUAUGGCCUCAGAUGUUGUGAGUGGAUAUCAUGCUGCAAUGGUCCCAGUUAUCUUUGUAUCAAGGUUUGAGGAUGACAAAUAUAUUUCUGGUCUAUUUGAGGAGUUAUGGGAAGAAAACACAAGUGGUGAACGGGUCACACUCCAACUGUACUUGGGUGAAAUUGUUUCUCUUAUAAGUGAGAGCAUUGCAUCAUCAUCGUGGGCAAGUAAAAGAAAGUCAGCCCAAGCGAUUUGCAAACUUUGUGAAGUUUUGGGUGAAUCCAUGUCUCCUUAUCACCAAGUUCUGCUUCAAUCUCUUAUGAAAGAAGUUCCUGGUCGAUUAUGGGAGGGGAAGGAUGCUGUAUUAUAUGCAUUAGGUUCUCUCUCUGCAUCUUGCCAUAAAGCAAUUUCCGCCGGAGAUCCUGCCAGCCCUAAUGCCAUUAUGAGUUUGGUAUCUUCUGCAUGCCAAAAAAAAGCAAAGAAAUACCGUGAAGCAGCUUUCUCCUGUCUUGAACAGGUUAUAAAAGCCUUUAGUCUUCCAGAGUUCUUUAAUAUGGUAUUUCCUCUGUUAUUCGAUAUGAGUAAUUUGGCUGUUGUCAGAAAGGCAGGGCAAGCAACUUUGGCAAGUGAUGCUGCUAAAACAGAAUCAGAUGAAAUUGAAGAUGUUUCUGUUCCACAUGAGAAAAUAUUAGACUGCAUGACAUCUUGCAUCCGUGUGGCACAAAUAAAUGAUAUUGUUGAACAACAAAACAAUUUAGUUCAUGUCUUCAUAACUUCCCUCUCGCCUGGCUCUCCAUGGACAGUCAAAAUAUCAGCAUUUUCAUCAAUCAAAGAACUUUGCUCAAGACUCAACAAGGCUUUAGAUGACUCUCAGGGAACUUCUCUUCAUGCCAACUUAACUUCUUUAGUUCAGGAGUUAUUUCACUCUGUGUCACCUGAGAUAGUGCAAUGCAUAAGCACAGUAAAGAUUGCCCAGGUUCACAUUGCUGCUUCGGAGUGCCUUUUGGAAAUCACCAACCUGAUCAGAAACCUUCCAUCAAUGCAUUGGAUGGAUAUAAGGUUUAAGGAUGAGCUUCUUCAUCAGCUUGAGCUGGAGAAGAAUGGGGAGGCAAAGUCAUUGUUAAGAAAAUGUAUAGAAAUAAUUGAAAACUUGAAAUAGUGAAUCUCCAAUAAACAUGAUGAGUUUGUAUACAGCUGAACGUAAAUGAACCUGUGAUCACAGCUGUUAGUGAAAGUUGCAAUGGCAUUUGCUUGCUACGUUUCA